AUGGGAGAUCAAAUUAGCAACUUCCUCGAUAACUCGGCUGAGAAGGAGUCCAAGGCCCGAGAGCAGUUGGAUAUCCUUAUGAAGCUGGCUGACGUCAGACUGGAUACCUUUGAGUCUGAGCUCAUGGAGAUGUUUAUUGACCCGGGCUCCGUUGCUAAAAGAAGUGUCCCCGGAAAGCGUGCAUUGCGCUUUGAAAGAUCCGUCUGUGUUGAUACGGGCAGCGAGGGCUCUCCUGGUGUCGAUGAGGCCGUCGAUGCCUUCUUCGGUGUCGCGGAUACAGGUAGCAAGGGCGUUCUCGAGGGCUUCAAAGCUGUCGUGAAGACUGGAUUGAAACAGAUCCUCGGCGAAAACUCUGCGGGUGAGAGCUUUGAUAAAAAGUUCUUCGUGUGUAUCAAACACAAUGCGAUUAUUCGAGUAGACAUGUUCAACUACCGUUACAACUUUACCAAUGAGGGUGUGAUCUUCACCCAUAAGAAUGUCCUAGCUUAUAUUCUAUGCAUCUCUGUUGUCGACCAUAAUGAGUUGACAGUCGAUGAGAUGGUCUAUCUUGCAUCGGAGUUUGCCGGUGAUGGUCGUGACCAGUAUGAGGCUUACCUUAAUGGUCUCAUUCAGGUCUGGAAGAGUGUGAAAUCUCAGGAUAUAGCGAUGGAGGCUGGCAUAAAUCUGCCUAAUAAUGUGCAGCAACUUACCAUACAAGAAUAG